UAAGUUUGAAAUUUCAUCAAAUGUUUUACUUAUUUUGAGUGAGAUGAGAGGUGAGUAAAAAUAAAAAAUGGGAAUGAUAAGGAAAGUUUUCAAUGAAAUUUCAAACCUAUGAUAGGGUAUAUUUAGCUAAAAAGAUGAAUGCUGUGUUAUUUGAGUAACUAAUUAGAUGAAAAUUUCACCUCCAACCAACAUCAUCUGGACGGUGGUUUGCAAGUGAAGAGAUGGUGAUCUUUUUGGGAUUUUGCAAGUUGGUGAUUCAACCCAUCUUCUUGUCAAUGGAAAUUGUAUCACACUGGCAUUACCAAAAAGCAGGCUUCCAUGCUGCUCCUUGCGACAAAUACAAGAUUAGCAACGUCAGUAGCCACUGCAUUCAAUUCCGACUGCCGAUGCCCAAACCACAAGCCCAUCAUCCAGGGACUAUAACGAUAAUACAACCCCCUAAAAUCAACUCCACUGCAUUCAAUGAUGAUGAUGAUUGCAAGGGCAGCAAUAAGAAGAAGAAGAAGAAGGAGAAGAAGAAGGAGAAGAAGAAGAGCAAUAGUAAUGCCACCCCCACUACUUCAACACCUACAGACAUCUUACGCUUGAUGGAUGGGCUUGGCCUUCCCAUCCCUCCAGAUAUCUACGCUUCUCUCAUCAAAGAAAGCUCCACCACCGGCGACGCCACACAAGCUACCCAAUUGCUUGCUCACAUCAACAGGAGCGGCCUCCCACUCAGCUCAGCUUUGCUUAACCGAAUCUUGCUCAUGUACGUUUCAUGCGGUCUCAUCCACACUGCCCGUCACAUGUUUGAUAAAAUGAACGUCCUCAACAAGAAUUCCAUUUCUUGGGCUAUCAUGCUCGCUGCUUAUAUGGACAAUGGUUUUUAUGAAGAAGCUAUAUUUUUGUUUGUGCAAAUGAUGGAGCUUCAUAGCACCAUCAUGCUCGAACUCCCCGCAUGGAUUUUUAUCUGCGUUCUCAAGGCAUGCGUCCACACCAUGAACUUGACACUGGGGAAGCAAGUCCAUGGAUGGUUACUAAAGGUGGGUUAUGCGACCAAUUUGUUUCUCAGUUGCUACUUAAUCAGCUUCUAUGGGAAAUUCAGAUGCCUGGAUGAUGCUGAUUUUGUCUUUGAUCAAACCUCAGAGCGUAAUACUGUGAUUUGGACUGCCAAGAUGGUCAACAAGUGUCAGGGAGAGUAUAUGCAUGAGGCGCUUGUUGCCUUUACAGAGAUGGGGAGGGCCGGAGUAAAGAGGAACGAGUUCACAUAUUCCAGUGUUCUUAGGGCUUGUGGGAGGAUGAAGGACCAUGGGCGUUGCGGUCGACUGAUCCAUGCCAGUACAAUCAAGCUUGGUUUGGAGUCAGAUAUAUACGUGCAGUGUGGGUUGGUUGACAUGUAUGGAAAAUGUGGGCUACUGGUAGAAGCGAGAAGGGUUUUUGAGACUGUGAGUGACACCAACAAGACAAACAUUGUGUGUUGGAAUGCCAUGCUUACUGGAUACAUAAGGCAUGGGUUGUAUAUUGAGGCAAUCAAAUUUCUUUAUCAGAUGAAGGCAGCUGGAAUUCAACCCCAAGAAUCACUCCUUAAUGAGCUCAGGAUUGCUUGUGGGAGUACUACUCUUGAAAACAAGACUGAUGGAAUGCAGAUAUAAUCAGGCACAUAGGUACCAUGUUCAGUGGAUCGGAUCAAUUUCCACACGCCAUAGUUCGUUGUGUUGGAUGUCUCUACAGCACAAUUUCCACACAUGCCAUAGUUCGUUGUGUUGGAUGGCACAGGUUCUUGGCGUAUGGUGAAGAUACUUGCCGAUCCCACUACAGGUUGUAGCUAUUGAAAAUUGGGAUCAAUCAUAAUGUGUAACAUAUAUAAUUUGUUUUUAUUGUUUUAGACGCAACAAUGAAAACAGGCAUUAUUGAACACAUAUCAAAGUCCAAGUUGGGCCCAAGUUGAAGACACACCAAAGCCCAAGCUCAAGCCUAGGACACACCAAGGUGUAGGUCAAAGUUGAAGAGAUGCCAAAGUCCAAGCCCAAGCUAAGAGGGACCAAGAUUCAAACCGAGUCAGGAAAGUCAAAUUUCACUUUAGAAGAAUUAAAGCACCAACUAGAGAUUGUGUGUCAUUCCUAAAAUUAAUAAAAUCUCUACAUUGUUCUAAUCC